AUGGUGGCUUGUGAUGUGGCUGCAAAAAGCAGACCGCUUCGCGCUUUAACUGGAGUUACUGACAAAAGUUUUGAGCAAAUUACUGUGAAUAGUGAGGGAAUAAUCGCGAUGAUAGCUAGAUUGAGGGGAAGUAAGCUGGGAUUUCUGGCGGGGCAAACUUUGCGGCUCAUGUUUCAACGCCCCAUCCGCUGCCCGUUGUGCAACUUCACGUUGACCAUGUCACCGUUGCUGGUCUACCACGUUGGGACUUAUAACAAUCACUCCCUUCAGUACAACUUCACGUUGACCAUGUCACCGUUACUAGUCUACCACUUCAAAGGGAGCGUAAACGAAUAUUACCCCUGUUUCUUCAUUUGGGUUACCAAUAUUGGUGUAAAGUAUGUUAAAGAGAGAUAUCGAAAAUCAUAA